AUGGAUGAUUUAUCAGGCUCUGUUGCCAUAGGAGAAUAUUGGAUUGAAUUCUUGAAAAAGAAGGCCAUAAGUGGCCUUGCCUCCGCUGCUUCUGCCUGUUCGUGUUCCUUAAUUCUUUCCGAAAUUUGUAUCAAAAAGGGCAAAAAAUCCCCCCAAAUCCUCGUUCUUCCCUAUCGUAAUCUCUCCCUCCUCUUCUUCUUCCACUCCACGAAUGGGUGCAUUGCCGAUUGGCAGAAGUGGAGAUCUGGCUUCAAUCAUCGAAUAGUUGCAGCUAUUCCUCAGCGCAAUCUCUUUCUCUGGGGAUUGAUUCUCAUGAAGAGAUUUGCUUGCUGUCGCCGCCGGACAAAAGAUUUCAGCCUUGAUUUCGAGGACCAAGACCGGGUGAUAACAUAUAAUGGCCUAGAGAGUUGCAUCCUCAACAGCUGCUCCUAUGACAAUGAGAGUGCUGGUGAAGGCACAAGUGGAGCUGAUGGAUGUGUAACCACAGACUCCCUUGAUGAAGAUGCUUCCAGUUGUUCUUCCAGCAAAGAUGGUUUUGGCUCUUCCUUCUCUUCACAAUGCUUGCCCUCAUGCAAGCAGGAAGAUCACUUGCUUGACGAUUUGGAUACUUUUAACAGCUUGCAUCAUUUGUGCAUCAAAGGGAAGGCACCUAUUAUGUACUCAAUGGACAUCUCAGAUGUUGAAGCUAUGAAGGAAAAGUUUGCAAAACUACUUCUUGGUGAAGAUGUUUUAGGGGGGAACAAAGGGAUAAGUACUGCUCUUGCAUUAUCUCAUGCAAUCACCAAUCUUGCAGCAUCGAUAUUUGGAGAGCUAUGGAAAUUGGAACCAUUAUCAGUAGAAAGAAAAAAGAGAUGGCACAGAGAAAUGGACUGGUUGCUUUCCCCCACUAGUUACAUGGUCGAGCUGGUUCCUGCAAAGCAGAAUGGUGCUAAUGGUGGGAUAUUAGAGAUUAUGACUCCAAAAUCUCGAUCUGAUGUUCACUUGACUAUCCCCGCCCUCAAGAAAUUAGAUUCAAUGUUGAUUGAAAUGUUGGAUUCAAUGGUGAACACUGAGUUUUGGUAUGCUGAAUUAGGCAGCAGAGCAAAUGGAGAUAAUGGUAAUAAUGGUACAAGACACAGCAAAAAAUGGUGGAUUCCAUCUCCUUGCGUUCCAGAGUCUGGACUUUCUCCUUCAGAGAGGAGAAAACUUGGCUUCCAGGGUAAAUUUGUCUACCAAAUCCUCAAGGCCGCCAAAGACAUUAAUGAACAGGUUUUGACCCAAAUGCCAAUACCCUCUGCAAUAGAAGAUGCACUUCCAAAGUCAGGUAAAGCUAGUUUGGGUGUAGAUAUCUACUAUGCCAUAGCUGCAGAGUCUGUUCCUGUUGACGAAAUACUUGUUUCUCUUAAUAUGGAGAAUGAGCACGUUGUACUUGACACAAUAAACCGGUUAGAAGGUGCUAUCUUUGCCUGGAAACGGAGAAUGUCAUAUGAAACAGUGAAAAAGUCACCAUUGCGAUUCCCAUGGUCCCUUGUGAAAGAACAUGGAUCUGGAAUCGAGAAGAUUUCGGUCUAUAUGGAGAAGACUGAAGCACUUCUGCACCUUCUAAAGAUCAGAUUCCCAGACCUCCCUUCGUCUUUUAUUGAUGUCACUAAAGUUCGAUACAACAAGGAUAUUGGGCAUUCAAUUGUAGAGGCCUACUCAAGGGUUCUUGUUGGUUUGUCGUUCAGUAUUUUAUCUAGGAUAGGAGAUAUCUUACAGGAAGAUGACUUGAAGAAACCUACCACACCCUUGUCCAACCUCAAAUUUGACUUCACUUCUGAUGUGUAUCUUGCGGGAAUCACCGAAACACCUCCUGGUCAUAUCAAGCGAUCUUUAAUUCAGCAGAUGAACAUGGCUGAUGGUCGUCUUACAAACUCCUACUUGAAGAAGACCACAGAGGGGCGGCUUGUAGAUUACAAAUAUAAUGGAGGCUCAAUCGUCACAGUUGGUCCCCAGAGAAGUAAAGUUUGGUUUUAAAAGUCUGGGUGACCCCUUGAUAUGGUAUAAGGUGGAAACCACGUAAUGUAAAUUCAACAACUAAAGUAUAGGACCAGGUAGAUCAAGGAAGAGACCAUGAAUCCAGUUUUAACUAAGUCGAUGCUCGAAUUCGAUGAUUUCAAUAUAUCAAAUUGAUGUAAGUUUAUAGUCUUGUAAUGGAUAUUUUCUGUACUUCCUAUGAAAUAUAACAAAAGGGACUUACGGAUCA